AUGGUGCGUAUGAAGGAAAUUGCUCGCAGUCAUGUUUGGUGGCCCAGGAUUGACUAUGACAUAGAGCAGAUGGUGAAGUCAUGCCAGACUUGCCAGCAGACUCGGAACGUUCCAACAGUGGCGACACUUAUGCCAUGGGUAUGGCCACAGUCACCAUGGACACGUAUACACAUAGAUUAUGCCCAGAAGGACAAGAAGGACUAUCUAGUCAUCACAGAUGCAUAUUCCAAGUGGCCAGAGGUCAUUAUGAUGUACAACAUCGGCUGCAACUAUUUCAGCAUUGAAGGACUUGUUCAGCAACAUGCAACAACUGGACAGACCCCAGCAGGUUUGUUUCUUGGACGGGAGCUUCGCACACGUCUCAGCUUGGUCAGACCUAGUACCAAGGACAAGGUCAUUAACAAGCAGAGUGACCAAAAGCUUCAUCAUGACAAACAACAUGGUCUGCGUGAAUUCUUCCCUGGAGAUCGCGUGUUAGUCAAAGACUUUCGUCAAGAUGAAACUUGGUGGUCAGGAACAGUCGCUGAACGACGAGCACCAAAGUCCUAUGUAGUCAUCCUGGAGGAUGGCAGAGUCUGGAAAAGACAUGUGGAUCAGCUGCGGUCAGAAUGCAAGGUGUCGAUGGACGAUUCCACUCAUACACAGGUGCCAACACCAUCAGCGCAUGUGGGUCCAACAGAGACUUUAGAAACUGAAAGACAUUUGUCUGCCCCAGAAAGUCUGGAGGGUAAUCACUCUCCCAUACAGGCGGGCUCACAGAUCGAAGAUGAUCCUGACAUUAUGCCUCCCAAUUCUGGCGAGGUACUCCCUCUUCGACGUUCUAAGCGUGUAAGGAAGACGCCGGAUCGGCUCAUCGAGUCCAUGUAA